GCGAGAGCGAGAACGAGGAAGGGAGAGCGAGAGCGAGAAAGAGAGAGAGGGGGAAUCGGUUUACCGGGUCACGCUUAUCUGAAAAAAAGGUGGGAUCGCAUCAAUUUUCAUUUCCCAUUAUUUAUUUAUUUGCAGAUAAUAGGAUAUUUUGAAACCCGAAAAGAACAAAACAUCUAAACGGCCGGACGAGCUGCAAUUCAUAUCCAACUAUGUGACCUUUGAUAACUCAAACACACGAAUACGCACGCACUGUCGGUUGAAGACGCUCUUGGCUGCGAUGGCGAGAAUAUGAAGAUGGGCCAUGGAUGUUUGCGUGCCUCGCGGCGCUGAUGCAGCCGCCGUUGCCUUAUUUUGAGUGGACUGCAGGAAGGGAGGAUCCGGUUCCGACUCGAUCCGCCUGGCAUCACUGCUGUCUUUACUAUAGAAUCGGGGGAGAAUAACGAGAACCAGAAAACCGACAACCUUCGACCCAAAAACAGCGAAUGGAGAUGAACAGGAAAUUAAUUAUCUUAUAGCCAAAUCGAUGAAUUGAUUAAUCAAUCAAUCAAUUAACUAAGCAGGGGUAUCUCGGACUCCUCGGCCGCGGAAGGCAGGGGCAGACCGGGACAGAGCUGUGAGAAUCCUGCGCUUCUCUCUCUCCUUCGCCCUUGCUGAGAUUUUUAAUGGUCUUGGAACGCAGCGGAAUAAAUAGCAAUCGCAAUACUGGUACAGGAGAGAAGGCCACCUUCUCCAACGCGAUUUCGCCGGGAUCCGACAACCAGAACUCAAUAUCCUCCUCGGUGCAGUUCAGCUCACUGGAGUCUAAUCGCCGCAGCGCCGGACGAGGAGAUAGGGAGAGCUGUAAGUGCGUGUGUGAUCAAGGUAAAAAAAAAAAAAAAGCAGGAGAGGGGGCCACCUCAACCCUAUGCCGCCAAAGAACGAAGCCCGAGCUGGCGAGCCCAGGGGGACAGGGGGUCAGGUACAGUGAAGGAGUCUAAAUGAACGUCUUUUCCCCGGACGGAGUGUUUGCUGUGAGCCCAACCAGAUUAUUUGGCUAGGCGCAGAGGGCGAAGGAGAAGGAACGGCGAGUUUGGAAGUUUUGAUGCAUAUGAUCACAACCACCAUGAUCUUUAUGAUUCUUGGGGCUUCUGUUGUAAUGGCGAUAGCGUGUUUAAUGGACAUGAACGCACUACUGGAUCGCUUUCACAACUAUAUCUUACCACAUUUACGAGGGGAGGACCGCGUCUGUCAUUGCAACUGCGGAAGACACCAUGUCCACUACGUGAUCCCGUACGACGGGGACCAGUCUCUGGUGGACUCGUCGGAGAACUACUUCGUGAGCGACAGCGUGACCAAGCAGGAGAUGGACCUGAUGCUGGGGCUGCUGCUGGGCUUCUGCAUCAGCUGGCUGCUGCUGUGGCUGGACGGGGCCCUGCAGUGCGCCAUCCGGGCCUGGAGGGCCAGCCGCCUCUACGACACCCCCUCUUGGUCGUGGCUCCCUCGGUUCUGUAACUUGCGGGACCUGCGCCGACGCGCGCAGCUGCGGCAGCUGGAGGACUCCAGCGGAAACAUGGUGCACAUCAAGCAGAAGCUCUACCACAACGGCCACCCCAGCCCGCGCCACCUCUGAGACUCGCGCCCGCAACCGACUCCGCCCCCCAAACCCCACCCCUCACACCC